AUGAGUUUCAAUCCACUUUUGGACGUUAAUUCUUUUUGGUUCGUCACCAUUUUCAUGGGACUUAUGUCAUCAUUAUCCUACCAGGAUCCUGGUUCUGCUGCUGGUUCUAGUUCUGGCACUGGUGCAGGUUUUCAGAGUUAUGGGAAUUCUCAGGGUUAUGGUUCUAGUACAGGUGCGAGUGCUGGUGCUGGUGGUCCAGGUUCAAGAAUUUCGUCAUCCAGUGCAAGUUCAAGGGCUUCUUCAGCGGUUACAAGUUUCGUACAAAAUGGUGCUCUUGAUAUGAAGAAUCUUCGCAACGUCAUCAGAAAACUUUCUUCCGAGUUUUCGACAUCUACUCCUGGUGCAAGUCAAUCUGAUGCCUUUCUUCUAGCUUUAUUGCAAGUAUUCAGUGAAUUAAAUUCCAUAUUAAGUAGCGCAAAUUUUGGAUCUUCUGAUAAUAAUACACCUGAUCAAAGGGAAAACGAUAUUUUAUCUUCACUUUCAUAG